CAAGCACAUAUCCGCUUACGCUUCUCUCCAGCACAACACCACCACAGCUGCAAUGGCCAACCACGGAGUCGCCGCUCUCCUGAUCGCGUCCCUUCUUGUGGCGGUCACCCUCGCCGACGCCAGGAUCACCGUGAACGUGCAGCGCGACAGCAUUAACGGAGGUUAUGCGGCGAACAAGAAGGCGGUGCCGGCGCUGACGUGCAACAAGGUGAGCGCGGUGCAGCAGGGCGAGACCUGCUCCUCACUAGCGGAGGACGCCGGUCUGACCCAGGAGGACUUCCUGGGCUUCAACCCCAACAUCAACUGCGUCAGGAUCUUCGUCGGCCAGUGGGUCUGCCUCGACGCGUCCUCUGCCUAACACACGGUUCAGUUGCAUGGACUACGCAGCAUCGUUGGUUGCUGCUACUUAUGUAUGAAUAAAGGAGGCUGGUCGCUAUGCGUACACCUCUACCACAACUCAAGUUAAGUUUGGUAUUUGCAUUUCCCUCGCAAAAGGAUCGAGGUUCUAGUCCGUCAGUGUCAGUCUGUCUUUGUACCAGCUUUGGCU